UGAGGUUCACCUCGGCUGCUUUCUCCUCCGCUGCUGCAAUAUAUUGGCACCACUACGGUGGCUCCUACCGAAUCCUUUGUAUCCACCGUACAUCUGGAUAACUGCACUUCGGGCCAUCUAUCCGUGUGGCACGUUGCCAGCUCAGUCUGGUUGGGCUUGUCAAGGAUACUAAUGCCAAGCAGCAAGGAAUCUGGGAUAAUGAAUCCCGUCUGCGUAACACCAGAUGCAACGUGUGGCCUUUAUUGCAAAUUUAUUCUGUUUUCAUUUGCUUAACCUUUAUGUUGCCAUUUCUGCUCAUGCCAAAAAAAUACAGCCUCUGAACAUGGAAGAACUCAAAAUUGAAUCAGUUGGAAAUUGCCGCUCGAAUGAAUUGUGAUACAGUAAGCUUGCAGGAGAGAGAAGCAAAAACACUUGGAUAAUCAGCCUCUACUGGGAAUGUCAGGUCUUCAGAUGACUGAAUCAUGAAAUGCCAGAAAAUAACCACAGCCGGAUUAGCGUGUGAUAUUAGUUACUUGGUUGGCGCUGGGCCAGGCAAUCUGCUCAAACUCACUACCCAAAAGGGCCCCUAAGAAACUGCCGGGAACUAUGAUGGAUGUUGAUGUCUAAUACUUGGUUUCUUUCAUCCCUUCAUCAGCUUUUGUCUGCAUUUGUAAAAUGAGUUGAUCUUGCUGAAGAAAUGGCUUGAUCCUCAGUUAGGAAUUGGCUAUAGGUGCCAAGAAGCCGGAAUAAGGGUGCAGGAAAGUGGAUAAGUAGAAAAAUGAGUGGUGGGUUGGCACCAAGCAAAAGCACAGUGUAUGUGUCCAAUUUACCCUUUGCUUUGACAAACAACGAUCUGUACCGGAUAUUUUCAAAGUAUGGCAAAGUUGUCAAAGUUACUAUUAUGAAAGACAAAGACACCAGGAAGAGCAAAGGAGUUGCCUUUAUUUUGUUUUUGGAUAAAGAAUCUGCACAAAACUGUUCUCGAGCACUUAAUAACAAACAGUUAUUUGGAAGAGUAAUAAAAGCAAGUAUUGCCAUUGAUAAUGGAAGAGCAGCAGAAUUCAUUCGCAGGCGUAACUACUUCGAUAAGUCUAAGUGUUACGAAUGUGGGGAAGCAGGACACUUAAGUUAUGCGUGUCCUAAAAAUAUGCUAGGAGAGCGGGAGCCACCAAAGAAAAAGGAAAAGAAGAAGAGAAAAAAAAUAGUUGAGCCAGAAGAAAUUGAGGAGGAAGAAGAAAGUGAAGAGGAAGGAGAAGACCCUGCUCUAGAUAGCCUCAGCCAAGCCAUAGCUUUUCAGCAAGCCAAGAUUGAGGAAGAGCAACAAAGGUGGACACAGACUGCAGGGGAAUCUUCAAUUUCAGAUGAUUCGAAACGUCCAAGGAUUAAGAAAAGUGCUUAUUUCAGUGAUGAGGAAGAACUUAGUGAUUGAAAUGAUAUUGAUUUAUAUGCAUAUGUAAUAUAUAUAGUGUACAUUUUGUAAAGUGCUACAAAGUUAUCUGUAAUACAAGUUUGUCUUGGUGUUGAAGACUUUUAUUGAAAAUCAUGUUGUAGUUCUACCCUGCCCCUCGAACCUCUCUCUUUUUGAUACUUUUUUUCUCAAAACUUCACCCUUCAAGGCAGCUUCUUAAAGAGAAAAAUGUAUUUCUAUGCUUAAAUGCAGAAAAAUAUCUGGGAAAAUGCUUCUUGCAGUUAGUAUCUAGACUCAAACCCUGGGAGUGAAAUCUUUCAUAAGAGAAUUUACUAAGAUUUUUAUUUUUUUUUUUCCCAAAGAGGAGUUCCUUUUAGGAUCAUUGUUAGCACCACUGAUGCUUUAUAUAUUGGCCUGUUUAUUGCCUGUUGGAAGCAGUGCUUUAGUAGUACGUUAGCAGUAUAUGAGUCUUGCGCUAGCUCCUCUGCAUAGGGUUGAAUUUCAGCCUUAAGCCUUGUACCAGUCUUUUUAUUCUUCAUGCAGUAAUAUAAUAAACUACUGUCACAUAA